GGGUGGAUGGCGGGGAGGGGCGGGGCCUGAGGCGGCGGCGGGCUGCGUGAGGAGGCGACGCGACGGAUCCGGGCCUGGUGGGGCCUGGCGGGUCUGAAGGGCUCGGGGAGCCCGGAGGCCCGGAGGUUCGGAGGCCCGGAGGUUUGGAGGCCAGGGGGAUCCGGAGGGCCGGAGAUUCGGAGGGCCGGAGAUUCGGAGGCCAGGAGGUCCGGAGGCCCGGAGGUCCGAAGGCCCGGAGGUUUGGAGGCCCGGAGGCCUGGAGGUCCGAAGGCCCGGAGGUUCGGAGGCCCGGAGGUCCGGUAACGGCGCUGCGAUGCCGUCGGAGCGGAGCGGCUGGGCCGGGCUGAGCGGCCUGCAGAAGGUGGCGGUGCUGCUGGGCCUCCCCGCCGGGGCCACCGUUCUCUACAUCGUGUACCGGCGGUACCGGGAGGGCCGAGAGCUGCACGUACCCACCGUUGGAGCGGAGGAGCUGCGGGCGGAGCUGCGCGUCCCGCGGGCGGCGGUGAGAGCCAUCAUCGGCCGGAAGGGAAGCACCAUCCGAAGGCUGCAGCAGGAGACGGGGGCCCGCAUCGAGCUGGAGGGGGAAGGUGACAAUGAGGAGAGGCUGCUGCUGAUCUGGGGUUCCCCCAGCCAAGUGUGCAGAGCCAAAGCUGCCGUGCACCAGAUUGUGGUGGAGAGCACGCCGGUGUCGGAGCAGCUCCACGUGCCGCAGAGAGCUGUCGGGAGGAUCAUCGGCCACGGCGGUGAGACGGUGCGCAGCAUCUGCCGCAGCUCCGGAGCCCAGGUGCAAUGCCAGCACCAGGCUGAGGCCAUGCUGGCUCCGACGCGGCUCAUCCAGAUCUCAGGGACGCAGCGGGAGGUGGAUGCAGCCAAGAAACUCAUCAUGGAGAAGCUGGUGGAGGAUGCAGUGUUCCGCCAGGAGCUGGCUCAGACCACAAUGCUGUGGAGCCACCGCCAGGAGCCCGUGGGCAGCCAGAGGGAAGCAUUGCUGCAGCCCAACGGGGAGCACAAUGUUGGGAAUGGGGGCUCUCUGCCAGGGGGGGUGGCCAUGGAGAAGCUGCAGGAUGGGAGUGAGGCAGUGGAAAAGCCGGCAGCGGUGCCCAAAUUUGAAGUCCCCAGCCCCGAUUUUAGCUUCCAUGCAGAUGAGUACCUGGAGGUCUACGUCUCAGCUGCCGAAAACCCCAACCAUUUCUGGAUCCAGAUCAUUGGUGAGCGCAGCCUGCAGCUGGACAAGCUGAUCUCUGAGAUGACGCAGCAUUACGAGGGCAGCAACUGCGUGGCAGAGCUGGCAGCUGUGCAGGCAGGGGACAUCGUGGCUGCUCCAUAUGCAGACAGCAACAAUUGGUACCGGGCCCAGGUGCUGGGCACGUUGGAGAAUGGCAACUUGGACCUCUACUAUGUGGAUUUUGGGGACAACGGGGAGGUGCCCCUUGAGGCUCUGCGAGUGCUGCGGAGCGAUUUCCUGAGCCUGCCCUUCCAGGCCAUCGAGUGUAGCCUGGCUGGGAUCGUGCCUGUGGGGGAGCAGUGGGACGAGGCAGCGCUGGACGCUUUUGAACGCCUCACCUGCUGCGCCCAGUGGAAGCCAUUGGUGGCCAAAAUCUCCAGCUACACCCAGACCGGGCUGUGCACAUGGCCAUGCAUCACGCUGUUUGACGUCCACCAUGGCGAGAGCCUUGACAUUGGGGCCGAGCUGGUGCGGCUGGGCCAUGCUGCCCUGCAGCCCCACAAGGAGGAGGAAGCAGGGGGUGGAUUCCCACUGCCAGUGACAGAGGCUGCAGUGGAUACACCGGAAGACAUGGUGUGCACCUCCCUCGAGAGCCUCCUGUCUGAGCUGCCACCCAGCCCCAGCGCCACACCACUGACCCUCUCCUGCAUCAGCCUGCUGGAUGAGAGCCCUGAGCGGCUCCGGGGCAACGCAGAGCCCCCAGCCCCAGGGCUGCUGCUUGGCCCUUCCACUUCCUCACAACCUCAGAGGGACGACAGCGAGGCCCAGCCCAGCCCCAGCUCCUGGUGCCCCACAGUCCUCGGGGGUCCUGGAACCCACCACACCGUGACACCUGAAGCGCCGCGUCCAAUCGCCUGGACUGGAGCCUUUUCCACCAGCAGCCACCCAUCCCUCUCCGAUGGGAACUCCGAUUCUGUUUUCUGCACCGACUCCAUGCACUACACCAACUUCUGUGGCUUCUCCAGCAGCGCCCAGCCUGGGGCCAGCCCCUUCUCCGGCCCCAUCCCCAUCAGCUCUGGAGGUGAGGAGGAGAAGGACAGAACCCCACAAGGAGGUGCCUCGGUGACCGGCAGCAGUGACAGCACGGUGCCAGAGUGGAGCUCCCUGUGAUGCCCUGACCUCGAGUGGGAUGACCCUUUGUGGAGGGACGCUGAGCAAUGCCACCACACAGACGUGACCCCAAAGCAUCGGGGACAGCGGCUGAUGGUGUGCACAGACCCCACAGAGCCGUUUCUACCCCUGCUAGCCACAGUGUUGGAUGCAUUUUGAGAAGCUAAGUGCCUGCCCCGUGUCACAGCACUCCCUGCAUCGACAGCCCCAGUUUCACCACCGGUUUCAUCUCCACACCGAUUUUGGUUUCCAGCUGCCCUCUGUAACCAGUGCAGGAGACAAAGCCGGCUCAGGUGUCCCCAAAUCUCACCAGGGACACCUCAGCCCCUUUCUGGAGGCCAUGUGGGCACUGCUGUGUUCACAGGGCCGCUCCGUGCCUCGUUCCUGAUGUUCCCCGUUGGCUCGGUGAUGCUGUGGUCACCGUGGGGGUGCCUUUCACGUUGUUGUCUCUGCACCGUUGCGGUUCGGUUCUUGUUUUCACCCCGCUGAGGGGAAGAGCUGUUUGGUUUCCUGGUUGAAUAAAGCCCAGAGGGCACUGAA